AAUUUUGACGUUAAAUUUACAAUCAAAACAACUGUUUAUUUACUAAAGUUUCGUUUCCGUGCAAAAUGAAGUGAUAAAAAUUCAAUUUAAUCAUUAAAUAAAUUAAUAAAGCUUUAAUCGUUCGUUGAAAGCAAGAAAACAGUUGAUGAACAAUGACAACUGAUAGCACCAGUGUGGAUGCGCUACGUAAAAAUCAAUUGAAUGAUUUCCAACAUGAAGCAUUGGAAAAUAGUGCCCUUUUAUCAGAUGUAUCUACAGUAAACUCAAGAGAGUUUAUCGAGAAAACUGAUGAUAUUUUGGCCUCUACGAGUAAGUUAACCAUUAAUUUGCUUGAGAAGGACUGUUGCAACGAACCAUUCACACGCAAUGGCGUUAAAUCCGUAUUUCACAUACUGAAUCGAGAGGGUGAACAUGUUUUUACAAUAGGCCAAUGCCCUGCGAGUCACAACGUUCAGAGUACUGUUAUUUCUAAUUCAGUGGGCUACGGUGUAAUGUCCUUCACCACAAGUGGAAUUUUUAAUAAAGUGUGCGAUGUAGACGGUGCUGGUCUAUUGAGUUUUACACAAAUACAACAUUUCCACGGUGGCUACACAUUGCGGGAUCCUUAUAAGGAUCUGGUUAAAAUUCGUUCCGGAUGGAUCCCUUUUUGUACUUGCUGCCUCAACCAAAUCUCAUCUACUUCUAUGACAAUUACCGAUUUAGAUGGGACGCAUAGUGGCAGUAUAGUUUUCGAGAAACUGAAUUCGGCACUAGGUGGCAACACUUUGAGCAUAAAUUUUAUACCAAAUCUCAACGCAAAGGCAAAGUACAUGCUGCUUGCGGCAAGUAUUAGACUUAUAAGCGUCUAUUUUAGUUAAUCUGGGCGUAUGCAGUAGAGUCGUUGUCUUAUAGUUUUUUUUUAAUGCAGCACCUAGCAUUCUUCUGUUGACUGCGGUAACUGUGAUAGUGUUGCCAUGAUUGUUUGUAGAUUUUAAGUGUACGAAGAAUAAAAAAUAAACAAUUUUG